CAGCGGAAGAAGUCUCCUCUUCGGUCAAGGCAACAUGGUUCCCCCCGGCAGUCAAUGUGAACGUAAACAAGCGGUUCACCUCUGAAACGACUGACAACCGUGUCGCAUCGUCUCCGCGAACAGAAGCGGUCCAAAUGGCUCUCAGAGUGUGCGGUCGCCUCCUCCGAGACGGCGCCGUCCUCUCCCGGCUGGCGGCCCCGGAGGACCGGGCGUCACGGCUCCUCGCGGCGGGAAGGGCGACCCGCGGCCGAGGGGGGGCGGCCGGAUGCAUCUUCACACCGGCUUGUUUCAUUACAUCAGAGGCGUUUCUCAACAGGCUGAUUAAAGGCAAAGCAGCCGAGGAAGACGGCGCUCUCUACCGCCUUCCAGCCUCGGUUCCGCCGGACAGCGGCGAACAAAUGUCUUUGUUACUGAGACAUCCAGAUCAACCUGACAACCCAAAGGUUUUGAAAGUGGCCGUUAUUGGCGCCCCAAAUGCUGGGAAGUCCACACUGUCCAAUCAGCUCCUUGGCAUAAAGGUGUUUGCUGUAUCCAAGAAAGUGCACACAACGCGGUCCCGAGCCAUGGGCGUCCUAACCGAGGAUGACACGCAGAUCAUUUUACUGGACACUCCCGGUCUCACCUCUGUAUCGAAGGUCAAAAGACACCAGCUGGAGAAGUCUCUGCUCACGGAUCCCUGGAACACGGUCAAAGAAGCCGACCUUAUGGUGGUCCUGGUGGAUGUAUCGGACAGAUGGAUGUGCAGCAGGCUCGACUUCGAGGUGCUCAAAUGCUUGGCCCAGCACCCCGACAUCCCUGCUAUCCUGGUGCUCAAUAAGGUCGACAAGGUCAAGGCCAAGGACCGGCUGCUGAGCAUCACGGCCGAGCUGACGUGCGGAGUGGUGAACGGACGGCGAAUGCGCGUCAAGCCGGCGAUCAAGCCACCGUGGGCUGAAAGAAGAGAAGAGAAGGAUUUUUCGGAGUCACCGGCUGACGAUGACGGCACGGAGAGGCCCGCCGAUAGCGCGGGGGAUCACCGGGGCAGCGACGGGCCGAACUCCGCGCUGCGCAGAGAGCAGCUGAAGGCGCUGAGUAGCCAGCGGGGCUGGCCUCUCUUCAAGGACAUCUUCAUGCUCUCCGCUGUGGACAGAGAGGACGUGGAGACGCUGAAGAAAUACUUCAUGGCCGGGGCCAAACCAGGACCGUGGCAGUACCACAGUGAGGUCCUGACCGACCAGAGUCCAGAGGAGGUCCUCAGCAACACCAUCAGGGAGAAGCUGCUGGAGUACCUGCCCCAGGAAGUGCCCUAUUCAAUGACACAGUCAAUUGAACUCUGGCAAGAUGGAGAAAACAGCGAGCUGGACAUUUGGGUGAAACUUUAUGCAAAGAAAGACACUCACAUGAGGAUGGUGAUCGGCACAGCCGGUCAGAUGGUAGCGCGCAUCGCCCAGGAGGCGAGUGAGGACCUGACCCGUGUCUUCCUGAGGGAAGUGAAGCUGAAGCUUACAGUCAAGCUGAGGAAGUGAAGAGCGAUGGAAGGACUUUAAAUGGUGGAGAGGCGACUCAUUGUCCCUUCAAAAGACAGCAGCCCAAAGCGGAACAAAGGAUAAGAUCCCACCAAGGCAAACUCAAGUUUGACACAUCUGCAGACUGAUGAACGUAUUCACAUUAAAAGCAGGCCACAAUGCUUGUAAAAUUGAAUUAUUGGCCUUUAUUUAGCCGAGGUAUAUUUUAGGCACCGAACACGACACACACUCCCACCAAAUGGAUGUUUUGACCCUGUGUAUCCGUGGAUGAGCAGGUCCGGUGACCUGUGAAGAGGCCGGUGGUUUAUCUCUGCCUCUCAGAGCGAGCGAGCCUCCACAGUCAUGUUCACUCAAACGUCCCUGAUGUACCAUCCAGCCCUGUUCCCUCCACUCCCACACCACUUUAGCCCUCUCUGCCGCCUUUUCAAGUGUGGCCAUCCAUCCCCGCAACUAUCACUUUUUUUUUCUUCUUUUUUUUGUUACGCCGCUUUCUUCCCCCUUUUCUCUCGUCCUGCCCCCCACUCAGCUUCUUUUUGGGCUCUUAUAAAGCCCAGCUCGGCCCCCAAGGGCCGAAUCGUCUUCCUAAUGGAUGGCAAAAUGGAGCACUAACGCAAUGCUAAAAUGGGUCAGAUAAUGGUGAUUGGAUUCGUUCCCGCUUGCCUGUGAGGUAACUCGGCAGUUACUCUAUCCGGGGCAUCUCGCUGAAUAACCAGCUAGUGGCCUAAAGCGCUGUGCGACAGGAGGGAGGGAGGGGAGGCUUUGGAUGUCCCACAGAAGCUGCGUCAGCCCCUCAAGCGCUCCCCGCUCUGCGCUGCGGCUGCUUCCCGGUGAUUAGAUAAAGACGCCCUGCGCAGCGCAGAUUCCCACUUAGACAAGCCAACUGCUGCUCGCUCGUUCUGCAGCCUAAUGCACGUCAGCCAGCACAUUAAAGGAAUCCUUACAGACAUUGUAGAAUAUUUGAAACCCUGACUUCAACGUUGUUUUCUAAAUGAAAGUAAUGAAGAAACUUUUUGUUUUGUUUUGGGAACCACAAUGUUUAUUGACAUGCGGAUGCCCUCCAGGGGUUCACAUACAACACGUCCAUCACACAACUCUCCUCGUCCUCCCGGCGCAGAUGACAUUGAGCGAGGGCCGUAUAACCCUUACCAUAACUGAAACUCAGUAAUGGUAACGGUUUGACGGCCUCUCCUCUGAGCAGUCGGUUAGCGUGCGCUGAUGGUGUCGGCGGGGGGAAUGAGACCCUGGAUAGUACAUCAUCUAUACUGUAGUGUCUCUUUAAUAAACUUACAGUAUAAGAUGAUAUCCUGUCCGGGGCACAAGACAUAACAGUUAGCAGCAAUUUCCUGUGUUUGUGAUCUGCAAGGCGGAGGUUGACGGCUCAUAAGUGAUGCUCGGCAGAGAAGGUCAACCAGUGAAAAUGUUAAUCAUCUGGAAAAGAUGGUAUUUUGGAGCGAAAAAAAAAGGAACGCCUUCAAAUGCCAGCCAGAGAAAUAAUAUUUUACAGCACUAAAAAAGAAAAGAAAAUGGGAGCGCUGGAAGCUGCUGCGGCGCCACGAAGCGCCCUCUCCUUCUGUGUGUGUUCUCACCUUCUGCCGUCGGCCCGGUUCUGUGGCCUCUGCGUGUCCACGUCUGGAGCUUCUCACCCUUCUGGCCGCUGGCCGCCAACACUUAAAGGCCCCCGGGCUCAUUAGCAUACUGUGAUGGCAUCUGGGGUGGACCAGACAGCAGGGGGUGAACUUUUUCUUAUCUAGUCCUGACCUGUUUGCCUCUGGCCCGAUGAUUACCCACACCCUGAUUACACACGGCAAGAACUACACAUUGUUCCCCGUGUGUAUCUCUUGCUUCAUGUAUCAUGUUAGAAAGUACAACUGGGCAAAAGCAAGAAUGAACUUAUAAAAAAAACAACCUUUUUUGAGCAAACACUUUUCAUCCAUUUGUUAAUAUUUUAGGAAAACAUUUUUUUUCAUCAUUUACCAUUUUCAAUGAAUUAAUGUAAUUUUGUGCCAUUUUUGUUGUUGUAGUAAUCAGUUUGACUUGCAGCAGCCAUAAAAAAAAUGCUUUAAAUGUUUGUUAUAUUUCCCCGAAUAUUAUUCAUGUCUGAACCACUUUGCCGAAAUCUCUGGUGAGUUUAGGCCUUUCUUUAUCAAACGUGUGUAAUUGAAAGCUCCCAACAGUAAGCCAAAACAGCCAUUAAAGAGCGUGGAUGUGGUAAUGCAUCUUCAAUCCGCUGAAUCUCACAGCCUUGUGAUUUAUGCGUGAUGGUCUUCAUGGGUUGCAAUUUAGUGCUGCGAUAUGUCAGCUGAUGUCAUGUCAUCCGAACUGUUUUUCCUGCACUCAGCUAGAUUCCAGGAAUUGGAGAGGAGCUGCGAUGAUCUUUUUUUUUUUAUGAGAUGUGUUAGUUGACACCGCUUGUCAAAUUCAGAGCAUCAAAUUGUGCCUGUGCGGCGAUCACGCUGUCGUUUGUCUUCUAUCCCUGACAUUUUGUCCCUUACUUAUAAGGCCAUUUUUGUCUUUGCAGGGGACUUGAACUGCGACAUUAUGCUCUUUAGCAAUGUCCGAGUUAGGCGGGACAUGGCAGUUACCAUGGUAACGCCCUCCCCAUUCAGGGUGUGGAAGGUCAUCUUGUGGACACAGAUAAAGGUGAAAGUAGGACUAUCCUUCCCUCCAACCCCUUAUCUGCUGCAGCAAUAUAGCACUUUAUCUACACAUUUUCCAUUUGCGUUCAUAGAUACGUGUUUUUAAGUUCUCACCUCACACGUAGAGAUGAAAAGGAGGAAGCUCUCGUUACGACAUAAUUAUGUUUCAUUCAGAGUGCUCAGGAGAAACUUGUUGGGGGGGUUAAUCCAACUGUUUGCAGUUAGCUGAAUGGGAGAACAGCUUUCUCUGAAUAUUUUUCUAACAUCUCAAGUAGAGGAAUUAUUUAAGUAGCCAUCAUGUAGUGUCCAUCACCCUCAUCCCCGUGCCUCCAUCACGUUCCUAGCUUUGUCUUACCACGCCUUCCUUUUUUCUCUUUCAUCUGAACCUUUUUUAUUUAUCCGCCACUAACCAUGUUCGUGUUUCCACGUAUGUGAGGAACAUCUGGCCUGCAGUAAUGUGAGCCACAUCGUUUUUAUGUUCUAUCUUCCAGGUUCAAGUGUGAGGGCCCCAGACGGAGCUGUACACCAGUUAAAGUCUCUACCAGUCUGGCAGGUUAAUGCUGGCACUUAUUCUACACUGUGGAUCAGGUCUCCCAUUUUGAUCCGUUAAUGCAUUUUGAGUUUGAUCGACUUAAGAUAAAAGCCCUUUCAUGUUGCUAGAAACCCCGGGUAUCCUUCAGAAGCGUCGCGCGGAUCGGAUGUUCUGAGACGCGAGAGAGGAUUUCUCCAGUGGCAUCAAAUUCUAAGUUGUAUCCAUUUUUAUGCACUAACAUUUACAUUUACACACUGACAUUUUAUUUCAUCUUUGGCCACACGUUGGUUUUGUUUGAAGGAAGUGUAUACAUUUCUUUUUCACUAUUUUUCCUGACUCAAAUAAGUUCCCAGAUUAUUCAUGUCCGAUUCUCCUACAGUACAGAAAUAAAUAGUAAAUGAUCUUAAA